AUGGAUUCGUCUACUUCCUCCAGCCCAGACACAUCUGGGCUGGAUCAUCCAAUCCCACAUCAAGCUGGCACCACAGAGGCUGAUAAGAGCCCCUACACAGCUGGCACUCUACUCGAUCCCGAGUAUAUCUUCCAAUAUCUACCAUCUUCCAAACAGCAACUCGUCCUUGUAAAGUUGCUUACAGAACCUGGCAUGACCCAGUUUAUUUACAACAACUUGGACUUGCCUCUCAAGAAUUACUGUCCUUUACACUAUUGA